GACGGACAGCUGUACCAUGAGGUGGCUGCGCACUUGGACGGCGAGGCGAAGAGGUGGUUCGCGACAGUGAUGGAGUCCGAACCGCCCGAGAAGGAGAACUUCAACACCCUCGCGGGCAUGCUGCGGGCCAAGUACAUGACCCAGCACACGACCCACGAGGUGGUGGACCGCCUCAACGCGAGAAGGCAGAUGCGGGGCGAGCGCCUGGUCGAGUACGCUCAGGCCUUGCGGGAGAUCGGUGAGCGAGGAGAUGUCGGCGAGAGCUGGCUCGUGAGCGUCUUCAUGAAGGGCAUGAGCAGCACCGAGGGAGCGACGCACGUGCGUGGACACCGGCCGAAAACACUUGACGAGGCCGUCAACCUGGCCGUCCCGCACGUGGGUGAGUACGGC